ACUCAUGUCUGUGGUUCAGCAGUCAGAAUAGUGGCCGCUCAUCCAGUCUAACUCUAAGCUAUCAAGGAAAGGUGUUUAUAUUAAGAUAACAUUUCCUCUUGAAAGAACAUUCAGGAGUUCUUCGAUAAACACUCUUGAAGCCUAAACUCUUUUCUCCAGGUUUCAUGUAGGCAGCAAUGGGACAGAUUGCAAGCCAGCAAUUAGAACAUUUGCAAUAGCUGGAAACAAAGCUCGAGUCUAUAAUUGUGUCUUUUAAUUGCAAUUUGUAGAACACAUCGUGAAGCAUUAAUAAAUUAGCUGCUUCUCAUUUAUGUCAAAUGGCCACGAAAGUGGUGAGAUCUUGCUGGCAGAACAUUGUGCCUGACCUGAGAGUAAAACAAAUGUUCAUGAAAAAUUGAUGACAGGGCACAUUUGUACAAGAUCUCUUCCUCGUCAAAUAUGUACACAGACUAAAAUGGAAUAACAUUAAGGGUGACAUUGUUUCUGCUGAGUUGGAAUGAUACUAUACAAAGACAUUCCCUGUCAAACCACAUCAAGGCAAUACUGGUUUUACAGUCCAUGCAUAAAAAGGAUGUGAUGCGAGUUAGAUAUUGUGACUUGAAAUUGGUAGAGUCUUUUAGAAACCUUUAACUCUUUAAGAUAGGUGGUAUGUUGUGCAAAAGAGGCUCCCACUAUCCCUUUUGUGACAGAUGUGUACGAUGUAUUCUUCAUCUCGAAGUUGCACAAUUUCUGCACAUUUAUCUCUCUCCCACCUCCCCUUCCUCCGUUUCCAUUUCAAUGAAAUGUAUUUCAAAACACAAGCUUGAUAUCUCCUCAUCAGGACUUUGCUGCUUUACCCCCCGCCAUGUGCUGUAUCGUGUGGUCUUUCACUUUGAUGUUGCAAUCCUAAAAAUACACAUUUGAAUAAAACAGUUCACCAAUCUCUAUGGAACUGCAGAUGCUGGCUCAUACCAAAGAUAGACACAAAGUGCUGGAAUAACUCAGCAGGUCAGGCAGCAUCACUGGAGAAAAAGGAUGGGCGACAUUUCAGGUUUGGACCGUAGAGUGGGGGGCAGACUCAAUUGUACCUGUGUCAAUAUAAUGUGGAUUAGUCACCUGAUUGAAUUGUUCUGAACCUAUUGCCAGCUCUUAACCUAUUUCAGGCUUCUGGGGAUAUGGGCCAAACGCAGAUGGGACAUGUUGGUCGGUGUGGGCAAGUUGGUCAAAGGACCUGUUUCCACACUCUCUGACUCUGUGACACAUUGAGCAAUUCCUCUACCAAAAUAAACACAGCCCUUUACAUAGAAAAUGUAAUUCUGAUUUAUCUUUGGGCUGACAAUAAUUUGGAGUGCAGAAUCUUCAACACAAAAAUCUAUUGCUACCUUUUUGUAACUCCACUCCUGAAACUAGCGCCCAACCUUCAGAAACAAACUUGUUAUCACAACGCACUGUCCACCAAACUGCCUCGUUAAUCAUUAUCCCACAUGCUAAAUGUUUUUUAAAAAAAGUUAAAUAAACACUCAUUUAAGGAAAUUGUUAUCUGCAGCUAAGAGGGAUACACGUUAAAAUGGUAUUGCACGUUUUAAUGCAGGUAGGUAGUUAAAUAAGAUUUAGUGCACAUGCAGUUAACAGGGUUGGAGGUUUUUAACGUGGUCUUUCCCACUAGAACAGGAACCACGUCACGGGAAGCGGGUGUCCCUGGAGGGGAGAGGUGGGCAAGUUUGCAUUUUGUCCAAGACAGACUGUUGUUGGGACAGGACCGCUACAGGUGGAGAUGUUGAGAGGCGUUGGGAGGUGUCCCGCCUUGUUCUGGGCGGCGGUUGCUUUGGACGUGGCUGGGUUGUCCCUUCUGUUGAUUGGCAUCUUUGGCAAGGUGCAGGUGAAGAGCAGGGGGGUGGGAGACUGCUUCAUCUACAGCGGGGCCAUCAUCGUCUUCCUCAGCCUUAUCUGGUGGCUGUCCUGGUGCACGGGCAACAUCGAGGUCUCUCUGGAGGAGCUGGAGAGAGGCGCCAUGCACAAGGGCAACGGCCUGGCCAAACUCACCAGCAAGUUCAGCGAAAGGUUGGCCGCCAAGAGGCAACUUUCCCCGGCGGAGGGCGAGAAGGGUCUGGGCGAGAUGUCUACGGUCAACGCCUGGGACGUGGCCAGACUGUAUGGCGAGGUGUCGGCGCAGCAGCAGCAGAGGCAAGAGGCGAGAUACGUGGAGCUCAACAGUGUGAGGCCGCCCCGCUUAUCGCACAUGAAGCUGCAGAGGGGAGAGAGGCUGGUGUAAACGGUGAGAAACACUAGUACAUUGGCUGCUUCAGCCGAGGAUUCAAAGGGCGAGUUAAGCAGACAAUGCUGACUCAGCACUGUGCAGAAUUGGUGGGGACUGCACUGAACCGUUAAUUGCAAUGUCAAACUCUCAAUGGAUUGGUGGGGCCAAGGGCCAAGCGGUGCAGUUUUCAUUUAAUGGGAAAUCCCUUAAAAGGGACCUUUGAAUUUCAUUAAGUUGAAACACUUGACACCUGAAAAAGGGCGUCUGCACCGUGGACGUGUAUCUAACACUGCCUGCCUGCCUGUGUAGGAAGGAACUGCAGAUGCCGGUUUAAACCAAAGAUGGACACAAAAAGCUGGAGUAACUCAGCGGGUCAGAUGACAUCCCUGGGGAAAAGGAAUAGACGACGCUUCCCCAGUCUGGGCGUCGCCUGUUCCUUUUCAUGUUGUGUGACCUGCUGAGUAAAGGGGCUGUCCCACUUGGGUGUCAUUUGCGUGUCACGCCGUACGACUCGUACGCACAUGAUG